UAAUGCAAACAUCGAUGUCGCCAUGUUGUUUAAUAAGUUGUGCAUCUCUGUUUUGUUUGUGUAUUAAAGAAAAAUAAGAUUUAUUUUUACAAAAUAAAAUGUUUUACGAACACAUAAUAUUGGCCAAAAAGGGGCCAUUAGCCAGAAUUUGGUUAGCCGCACAUUGGGACAAGAAAAUAACAAAAGCGCACGUAUUUGAAACAAAUAUAGAAAAAUCAGUGGAGGGCAUUUUACAGCCCAAAGUGAAAUUGGCGCUUCGAACAUCGGGACAUUUAUUGCUCGGUGUAGUGCGAAUAUAUUCGAGAAAAGCAAAGUAUCUGUUAGCCGAUUGCAAUGAGGCGUUUGUUAAAAUCAAAAUGGCAUUCCGGCCGGGAAUGGUGGAUCUACCAGAAGGCCAUAGGGAAGCCAACGUUAAUGCGAUUACAUUGCCAGAAGUGUUUCACGAUUUCGACACAGCGCUGCCUGAGCUGAACGAUAUUGAUAUUGAGGCGCAGUUCUCGGUGAAUCAAUCCCGAGCCGAUGAGAUAACAAUGCGCGAGGAUUAUGGCAGCUUAUCGCUGUCGCUGCAGGAUGAUGGCUUUGGGGAUAUUGGAUUUGAGGCGGACACGCCUGAAAUGAUUCGUGGCCCAUUGUCGGCCAAUAUGAAUGAUCAGCUGUUUGAUGACGACGUUCUGGCAAAUGUGGAGUCAAGCGAUCCAAAUAUCCGCUUAACACAGUCCGAAAUGACCAGUGAUCGUCUGGAUGGCGACGGUUUUGGCGAUUCCUUUGGACAGCCGGCACUAUUCGAGGAUGAUUUGUUUGGCGAGCCGCCGCAAGCAACAGCCGUAAGCAUCAAUAAAGAGGUGGACGAAGUUAACAAUCCCCCUGACUAUUCAGAUGAUGAUGGCAUCGACAACUUCAAUAACGCCCCAUCGCCGGCGUCCUCCUGUGCCAACUCCGUGGCAGAUGAGAAGGAGGAUAAUUUUCAGCCAAAGGAGCACAAUUUCAAUGAGGACGUCAACGCAUGUGACGCUGAUCCAGCAUUGAACGACCUAACUUUGGUACAGAACGACGACGAGGGAUUCGCACUGGCGCCCAUUGAUGCAACCACUUACAGAGGUGCCACCAAAGCCAAGCGUAAGCGGAAACUCAUAAUUGAUGAGAUCAAGAAUAUAUCGGGAGAGGAGAUGAAGGCGCAACUGGCGGAUACUUCGGAUAUACUCACUACCCUGGAUCUAGCGCCGCCAACAAAGAGAUUAAUGUACUGGAAGGAGACGGGCGGUGUGGAAAAGCUUUUCGCUCUACCAUCCCGCACGAUUCCCGCCCGAGUCCUUCUCAAUAACUAUAACCGGCAACUGCUGUCACACUCGACGCCUCUGGAGGACUUCUCGAAUAUCGCCCCCAUUGAUGUGCUGGCAUUGGAACUGUAUACCCAGGAAGGCGAGAGCUCGCUGAUAAUAGUGAAUAAAAAGGGACGCAAGCGUAAGAAUGAUGCAACGGCCAAUCCAGUUGUUGAACCAGCUGCCGAUAAUACGCUUACCCAGAGCCUGGCAGCUCCCGAGAUGAUCCGUGAACAGGACAAGUCCUUGGGACUCUCGCUUGUUUCCCUCGACAGCGUGGCAAAGGAGCAGGACAGCAUUGUGCCACAGCCGGAUGCAGCCAUAUUCGAUAAAAUGCAAAGUCCAUUGUUAUCAUUCAAUGACAUGGAUAACUUUUCAAAUCUGAACGAGGUGCCGCUGACGCCACGAGAUGGUCAUCUUGAUAUGGGCGAUGAUUUCCACCACGGCGAUCUAACACCAGCGGGCUUGGAUCACGGACAAAUGACACCUCAUCAUGCCGGAAUUGGAGACAUCGAUUGUAUACCAAAUCUGCCGCCCGAUCAAGUCAGCUCCAUACUCAAUGAAACCGAGGAUCCAACAAUCACCGACGCCAACAACUUUAAUAAGACAUGCGAAAUCUCAACGGAUUGGAACGAUUAUGAUUUCCCGCCAUCGGUGGGUCUACAAAAUGUUCCCGCAGACGAACAAAUGGAAAAUGAGACGGACGAACAGUUUGAGGAGCGAGUGCUGAACAAGAGAGCGGCACAAUUGUUCCUCGAUGUUAGAGUGCAUUUCAAUAACAACGAUCAUUUGACACUAUCCCAGUUAACAGUACGAAACUCAAGGAAACAGGCCGCACAAAAGUUCUAUUCCCUUCUUGUCCUGAAAAAGUUCAAGGCCUUAAAUAUAACACAACCCGCGCCCUAUGCCGACAUUACAGUAACUCGUGGUCCUCUCUUUGAUAAUCCCAAAUUGUAAACGCUGCAGCUGCGUGAUUUAUUACCACAAUUAUAUUAUAUAAUUUUUUUUACAAUUAAACACUAUGUGUGCGCGUACCAAUAGUAUAAUAUAUAAAUUUUUUAAAUUAAGUCAUUGAGAGAAUGUUUUGAUUUUUUCAAUGCGAUUAUGUUUAAUUUAAAAAAAGUAUUGCUGUAUUUAUUUAAUAAUAUGUUAAAUGACAAAGCAAAUAAUUUAACAAAAAAAAAAUCAUGUUCAGUAAAUUAGAAUUUAUAUGUAAAACAUUGUCUGCUAAUAUUAAUUGGCUAAUUAUUGUUUUUGUAACCAAAUAUAAGACAAAACACACCCAGUUUCUUAGAUGGACGAGGAUUUGGGCUACUUAAGGAUGAACUCCACAGACUAUGGGCUGGAUCUACAUUUGGGAACUUCAACUUCAGUAACCAUUAAAAGCAACACAGCACGUAACUGUACCGCCUUGUGAACAGCAUUUGACAAAGAGUUUUUGUAGCAAUACAUUUUGUUCCAUUAGCAGUAGGUCCACACAUACAACAAAUUAAAAUAGUUUUUAAAUUUUAUUAUACAAAAAGCAUCAUCACAACAUCUCAAAAAAACACAUAACAGCUGUAAUUUGGAUUAUAGAAAUUAUGUAUGUACAAUAAACGAUAAAAUAUUU